GAAGAUUUUGUGCGGUCAUUCUUUGGAAAUUUAUCAAAGAUGUCUUCGAAGGAAAGCUGCCCGGUUGUGAACAUUCCGUGCAACCUUGGCAAACGGCACGGCAUCACGGCCGCCUGGUUCACCGAGGACAAGAUCUCCGUGACGGCGUACAGCAACCAGCUGCUGCAGUCGGUGAACAACCGGCCUCCGGUGAACGCGCCGGUUAAGGUAACGCACCUGGCGCCGACCUUCAUCCUAGACGAACCGAUCCUGCGGAGUUUGGUGUCGGAGUGCUCGAACGUGUUCCUGAACCUGCAGGUCGUCAAGAGCAGCUCGCCGGCGGCCUCGAUUGACUAUUUGAAGAUAUCGCGGACGUAUCGGAGUGCGAUUCGGGCUUGUUUGGAGAAGUUGGAGGAUUUGAUUACGAACACGAAGCCGCGGGACUUGGAGCAGUACCAGAACUAUGUGACGAUCUUUUACUCGGUGGAGUACAUUUGGCAUUUGGUGGAGAUAUUGAUCGUUGAUUCGAACUCGGCCACGGCUGUGGUGCCGAAUUUGCUGGAGUGGGUGCAGUAUCACUUUCCGACGGCGAACCGGAUGGCGACGGAGCUGCUGCAGCAGGGUCGGGAUGUGGACUCGAACGAGGAGUACUGGGGCGUGGUCAAGGGGUUGAUCAUUCAGGGGCAGAUUCAGGUGGCGAGGGCACUGCUGAGGCUGCACACCAAGUCGGAGAUGGUUUGCUUCGAGGUGGCCGAGCAGAUUCUGCAGACGAUGCCGAUUUACAGCGCUUACGGAGGGCUGUCGGUGCCGAAGUUCAAGUCCCAGUGGCAGUACUGGUCGGCAAACGCGCGGUCGAAGAUUGACGCGGGGAUUCUGGCGGCGGAGCCUGACUUGGAGGAGAUUGUGAAGCUGGUUGUUGGCGAUCGUCAAACGUGGACGGAACAGUGCCGGUAUGCGACCAGUUGGUUCGAGUACUUUCCUGGCUAUUUGUUCUAUACGGAGUCCACUUGCAAGUACUACGAGCUGGGGACGUUUGCCAACACCUGGCUCUCGCAGUGCAUCAGUACCGGCGGAAUGAACGCGACUUAUAAAUAUCUGGACAAAAUUAUCCUUUCCGUCAUGGAGAACAAUCUGCCCCAAGUGCUGCACAACAUUCAGAACAUCUGCGACAACAAGUGGUUCCUGACUCACCUGGUGGACCUGCUCUACCAUUGUGGCCAGCUUACCCUGUCCACCGGAGGCACCGAAGACCAGGACGCGGAGAAGCUCUUCCGCGAAUCGCUGCUCUACGAUUUCGGCACCCUGCUCAUGUCUCGCAACGCGUCUCUUUGGGAAGUCGGCCUGGACUAUCUUGAGUUCUCGAGUACGGAAGGCCUCGGAGCCCGCGAAGCCCUCCUGGCCCGCAUCCCCAUCCGUAACGAGAAGCAAGCCCUCAAACUGAUCAGCGCCGCCAAGAAGAACAACUUCCCAGCCGUCGAGAGCGAAAUCUGCAAAGUGUUGGUCAAGCGGAACCUCGCCAACCGCCUGUACGGCAACGCCCUGGAAUGGGCCAUUCGGUCGCGAGACAGCUUCUACGUGACGGCCGUCGCCAACAUCUUCCUCGAGCACUACUGCAACACCGGCGAGAUCAUGUGCGAGGAUGUGAUCGCGAACGUGGGCGCGAAAAUGUUCUGCUCGCCGCGGCUCAUCUUCCUGGUCAAGUACUACGACUUCCGUCAGUUCUACCGCGAGCGAUCGUUUGCGCAAGCAGCGGAGCUGCUCAUCAAUCUGCUCGAUUCCAAAAUCACCCCAAGCUACUUCUGGCCAUCGCUUCUCGCGGACACCAUCCCCCUCCUCGAGUUCAAAGAACCGGUCAUCCCGACCAAGGAAACGUACACCAUCCUGCACCACCUGGAGUGGGACCUGGUGCCGAUGAUUGAGAAGCGCAAGGAGCAACUCAAGGGAGCUAAAACGGCGGCCCAGCAGCAGCAAGGACAGUCGCAGUCUCAGCAGAUGGACACGGAUGAAGGGGAUGAUAACAACCAGACGUUGAAUGCAAAGUUUGCGCCCAACUUGCUCAACAACUGCACGGAUGAUUUGGUGAAGUUGCUGCGGUUGGCGUGUACGCGCAAUUUGGCGCGGGCGUUUAUUAUUGAGAAUACUGUUGCGGAUUAAGGGGGAGUGUUCAUUUUGAUAAUUUUCUUGAAAGUAAUAAAUGUCGUUGUAAGAAUUAAGUGUGA